ACCCACGACGUGACGUCACCAGAGACCUUAAACAUGGCCGACAGCGACCGAUGGACAUACUGAAAACCUAACCCAAAACAUUGGCCAACCUCCCAAAUUCUACGAGACUUUGAAGCGGAUAUUUAAAGCUUUCUAUGUCAAACAUCCAAUUUUGUCAACGAGUAGACAUCGCCAGCCGAAGCAUACGUUUGUUUUUUUUAUUUUAAGAGAACGGGAGAUAAGGAGGCUAUCGAGCUAAACUCCACCACAUUGCGAUAAAAAGCGGCGCAGCCUGUCGUCUAACUGGAGGUCCCAGAUAACUCCUGAACAAUUAAAACACCGCCGCAGUGAGUAAACAUGGAACAAAGGCGUAGACACGGAAAAUCGCACACCACCGACGGCGGGGGCAGAAGCAGCAGCAGCAGCAGUAGCAGCAGCGGGGGGGACUCGGACGGCGGCAGCCCCGCGUCCCCGACCGGGGGCCACGCGUCCUCCGACAGCCAACAAGGCCCUUCGUCGUCCUCGGGCAACGCGUUCGCCAACGACGGUAGCUUCAUGGAGAUGUUCAAGAAGAAGAUGGAGGCGGAGAUGAGGAAAAAGGCGCAGGGGACAGAUGAAGAGCAAGGACAUAAGAAGCCCCCUCCAGUGACCAGCUUUGUGGGGAAGCGCAGAGGUGGUGUGUUCCUUAAGACCGGCAUGGUUGCCAAGAAGCAGAAACAGGACUCUGAGGCUACGCCCGGCAAGAGUGACGCUUGGUCAAAGUACAUGGCUGAGGUGAAAAAGUACAAAGCCCACCAGUGUGGCGACGACGAUAAGACCAGGCCGCUGGUCAAGUAGGUGCGGAUCAACAGAAGAGACCUUCGCCUUUCUUCCAUCUCAUGUUUUCCUGAGUUUUCCGUUUUUGUAUUUUUUUUUUUUCUUGAUUUGAAUUGACACUUCAUGUUUUCCUCAAGAAACUUUGCAGAUUUAUCAUAUUAUAGCCAUUUCUGUUUAUGUUUAGGCUUGAUAAAAAUGUACACUGCCUGAUCAUUGUGGUGUUAUGUUUACUUAUGUCCAAAGCACAUUAGUUGGCAAGUCCGGAAGCAAAUUAAAAAACAAAACAAAAAAAAAUUGCAAAAACUGUUUUGUAGUAAAACUUUAAAAAUGUAGCUUAAUAUGGAAUCUUAAAAAGACAAAAUCCCAAAGCAUGCUUGUUUUGUGAACUUGCUUUACACAUUAAAUAGAAAAAAAAAAAUUCCCCAUUGAACACAAAAAUUGCUUUAAAUUUUAGAAGAAACUCAUUUUGAAAAACAAUUGCCAAAAAUAAAAGCUGAGCAGUUUGUAGUAAGAAAUCACCUGAAAUUGCAUUAAAAAAUUGCUAAAGUAAACCUUACAAUUGGG